AUGAGGAACCACAGUGUUGUCCCCGAGUUCAUCCUCCUUGGACUGACUGAUGACCCCCAGAUCCAAGCUCUGCUCUUCGUGCUCUUCCUGGCCAUUUACCUUCUGACGGUGGUGGGGAACCUGAUGAUGCUGCUGCUGGUCAGGAUCGAUUCCCAUCUCCACACACCCAUGUACUUCUUCCUGGGACAGUUGUCCUUCCUGGAUCUCUGUCACUCCUCUGUCACGGUGCCUAAGCUGUUGGAGAACCUCUUGUCUGAGAAGACCAUCUCUGUUGAGGGCUGCCUGGCUCAGGUCUUCUUUGUGUUCGCCACCGGAGGCACUGAGUCCUGCCUACUCACAGUGAUGGCCUACGAUCGCUAUGUCGCUAUCAGCUCUCCUCUGCUCUAUGGUCAAGUGAUGAACAGACAGCUGUGUGCUGGGUUGGUGUGGGGCUCCUGGGGCUUGGCUUUUCUGGAUGCUCUUGUCAAUAUCCUUGUCGCACUGAAUUUAGAUUUCUGUGAGGCUCAAAAUAUCCACCACUUCAUCUGUGAGCUGCCUUCCCUCUAUCCUUUGUCUUGCUCAGAUGUAUCUGUAAGUUUUACGACCCUUCUCUGCUCCAGCCUCCUCCAUUUCACUGGAAACUUUCUCCUGAUACUUUUCUCAUACAUUCGCAUUUUGUUCACCAUCCUGGCCAUAAGCUCCACCACAGGUAGGAGCAAGGCCUUUUCCACCUGCUCGGCCCAUCUCAUUGCAGUGAGCUUCUUUUAUGGCUCAGGAUUGCUGCGUUAUCUCAUGCCAAAUUCAGGAUCCACCCAAGAGAUGAUCUUCUCCUUGCAGUACAGCGUGCUCACCCCCAUGCUGAAUCCCCUCAUCUACAGCCUGAAGAACAAGGAUGUGAAUGAGUCAUCCUGGAUUUUAUUCUUCGAAGGUCAGAUAUACAAACAUGAAAGAGCACAUCAUUAG